AAAACGCAGCAGCAGCAUCGGAAACUCGCUGCCUCCUCCACUCUUCAAACGAGGCGAGACGCACAGCAGCAGCAGUGGAGAGAGACUGCUUCUGUCGUUACGGAGGGCGCCAUAACCUGUCCAGCCUCGCUCCCUCUCUCUACCUGCCAGCGAGCGCGCUGCCCACUUACCCAGAAGAGGAGGUUCACAGCCAGCAGGAUGUACUUGGCACACUUGAGCAGGUCCUUGGAAGCCAUCGCGAGCCUCAGCGCAGCCUCCGCGUGCGGUGGAGUAGAUGGCACGCCGGGCAGGAUAAAGAUACCAACCGCCCGCCCAGGUGCCACGGAUACGCCCAGGUACGACGGGCCCGCCCAGGUACGACGGGUCCGCCCAGGUGCCACGGAUACGCCCAGGUACGACGGGCCCGCCCAGGUACGACGGGUCCGCCCAGGUGCCACGGAUACGUCCAGGUACGGAAGGUCCACUCAGGUGCGACAGGUGGGCCCAGGUGCCACGGACCCGCCCAGGUGCGACAGGUCCACUCAGGUGCCACAGACCCGCUCAGGUACGGAAGGUCCGCCCAGGUGCCACAGACCCACCCAGGGAACAAACAUGACCAAGAAGGUGGCUUGGGCUGGCCUCCGCUCGGAUGAGUUGGGAAUUUCCCGGGAGCCUGGCUUCAUUUCUAAGCGCAGGGUGCCCUACUACGUUCCCCGGGUCGGAGAGUCGCUGCAGUGGAACGCUGAGAGCCACGACCUCUCGGGCCGUGACCUCUCAGGCCGCGACCUCUCAGGCCGCGAUGCAAACAACAGAGACAUGAAAUUCACGGUGGCCUCGAGUGCACGUCCGGUGUCGAAGGCAGAAAGGAAAAGCGCCGUUUCAGUUCCCAUAAUCACCUCGCCCAAAGGACAGAGGGUUAAGCGUACGGAAGACAAGGCGGCUGCUGACAUCACACCCGCUGCAGAGAGCUUGUCAAACACGGCUACGCGUGCGACUCACGAGAGACCGGCAGAGAAGUCACUUACCGCAAUGGUGCCUGCCGCUCAGACAAGUCUGGUCAUCCUGUCCCCACCAUCUCCCAAGCAAGCACCGAGCGCGCCGGAUUUUCAGGCAGCUCGCGCAGUGGAGGCCAAUGUGUCCGAAGGGGUGAAGCACGUGCUGAAGAGGAAGGCUGGGAUGAACGUUGCACCGAAGCGCAGCUUCCAGCGAAGCUCCGAGUACCAGCACCGCUACGGCGGCAGGACGUACACCAAGGUGGCGCCAGUGCUGCUGGCAGAGCAGCUAAAGAAAACAAAAGCUGACGCCCUGAUCAGUAAACGGCGCCCACUGUUGGAAACUCGACCUAGGCCCAAGGAUGAGCAGCCGGCGGAGGUGGCGCAGCAGAGAGACGCAGUGAGGAUCAGGAAACUCAAAUCUGAGUACAUGGAAAACUUCCGAGCCCCUUGCCACUACAAGUUUGGUGAUGGAGGCUGGGUGGGCAUUCGGAGCCAGCACUCAGCAUUAAAGGGUGCAGAGCAGAGCCGGAGCAGCGGGUGGCUUGCUGAGGUGCGGGACCUACGGGAGAAGGCAGAAUUGUACAAGCGGCGCCUGCUGGGCACGCACUUCUCCCGCGAUCACCUCAACCAGAUCCUGUCAGAGCAGAACGAACGCUGGGACCAGCAGAGCACCAGUAGCGUGGCCGCGGAGGACUUCAGCAGCGCCGUCGAGGCGCUGGACCUGGCCAGAGUGAGAGAUAAACAGAGAGCGUGGGCUCGGAGACCAUGCGAGAAGGGUGGUGGAGUGGCCGGCACGGCACAAGAGCGACAGGUGGGUAACGGCCGUGCGGACAACUUCAAAGGCGGAGCGGCGGACGAGGCUGAUGGCGCAGCUCGCGUGGCGACCGAGGCCUUCGGCAAGCCUCCGGCGGAGAGCGCAGCCACCUGGGAGGAGAACGCGAGUGGCGAUGCCGCCUCUGCCGCCCCCACCGCCACGUUUGCCGAGACUCGGGAGCUCGUCGCGCAUGGCACUCGGCCGCACACUGCGAAGGAGGAAGCAGACGACGCGCACGAGCGCUGGAGCACCGCCUCGGUGGGGUCAGAGGCGAGCGCAGACGGAGGCGGCCGGUUCCCCACCCCCAGGCUCACGGCGCUCGGGGGAGCUCAGCGCACGCACCACGACCUCACCACCCCGGCGGUCGGGGGUGCCCUGCUGGUGUCUCCUCCCAAGGAGGGGCUGGGGUCCCAGCGGAGGGAGACGCCACUGGGAAAACCGUUCUCGCCGCACAAGUAUCGCGAUGGAGCCAGCGCAGCGCCCACCCGGUCGGGUGACUCCCCCUACGCUGCCUCCCCACAGAGCGCAGCGCGAGCGCCGGACCUGCUACCGUGCGCGGGCACCAGGACGUUCGACCCGCUGCCCCUGCGCGAGGAGCCAUGGCCCAGUUCCCCCGCGCGGGAGCCGCUCCUCCACUCCGCUCCUGCCAGACUCCUCCCGGAUGCCGAGGAGCGGAUCGCGCUGUUGUCGGCUCGCUCCGAGGCGUCGAGCUCCGCGGCGUCGGAGCUGCUGGAGAGGGCGGUGCAGCGCCGGCGCGACGCGUGGACCAAGAAGACGCCCGGCUGAGUGGGACUCCCACGCGGACUCCACCGCGGACUCCCCCGCAGACCACGCGGACGGACGGCACCAUGGGAGCGGGGUCGUUGCGUUUUGGCGUAGCGUGUGAAGCGAUUCAACACAUUUAUGCCCGUUUUUGUUUGGAUUUGGGUCAU